CGUACAUUUUCUAGACAUGAUUUGAUUUUCAUAUAUUUUCAUAGUUUCAUGUUAAAUAAAAUGCAUUCAUUGAUGUUAAACAAAACAAACAAUUUAUUUACGUGCGGUUUCAACAUGCUAUAAAUAAAGUACACGUACUAAUAGUAAAAUAUAUCAAUGAAAAGUGGACACCAUGACAUCAUAUGUCAAAUGCAUAUAGUAUAGGAUUUGAAAAUUGUAAAAUAAUAAAAAUGGAAUAAUUUUUUUAAUUUUUACAAUACAAUUCGAAUGUUUUUUUAAAAAUUAAACUAAUUAAACAUUAAAUAAUUAAACAAAUUAAUAAAAUAUUACAAAAAAAAAUAAAAUUUCAAAAUAUUUAUGAAAAAAAAUUACAUAACAAAAUUGACAAAGUAAUUUUGCUGAAAGCUGACAAAAAGCAGAGCCUAAAAAAGAGUUCUUUUUUUAAAACACAAAAUACUUAAGAGUGAAGAUUAGAAAAUUAAGUUCUAAAUAAAUAAAAACAAAAAAAAGUUAUCAUGCUUAAUUUAAUUUGAAAAAAAAAUUAAGAAAAUUUUAAAAGAAUAAAAAAUUUUUAUCGGAGUUUUUUUCCUUUUUUUUCUAUUAAUCGAACCAUUAAUAUUAAAAAUACUUAUUAAAAAUGUUGCCUUAUCAAGCUGUUGCAAUGGAUUAUGCAGCGGCAGGUUAUCAAAGGCAACCAGGUACUGGUAUACCUGGUGGACCAAUGACACAUCAUAUGGGUUCACUUGGUAUGGCUGGUGUUGGUGUUAGUGUUGGUAGUGUUGGUUCACCAUUUACACAUUCAUGGUUGGUGCCAACACAGGAUUUAUGCGCUGUACCAUAUAAACAAAUGCCGAAUCAACAUCAUCAUCAGAAUUCACAAAUGCAUCCAAAUCAACAAAUUGAACCGGGAAUUUUAGAAUUAAGAAAAGAAAAAUCAAGAGAUGCAGCAAGAUCUAGACGAGGUAAAGAGAAUUUUGAAUUUUAUGAACUAGCAAAAAUGUUGCCAUUACCAGCAGCAAUAACAAGCCAAUUGGAUAAAGCUUCUAUAAUAAGACUGACAAUAAGUUAUUUAAAAUUACGUGAUUUUAGUGGUCAUGGAGACCCGCCAUGGACGAGGGAGCCUUCAAACAGUAGUAAAGUAUUAAAAACCUCUUCAAUACGAAGAAGUCCCGCUGUAGAUUUAUUUGAACAACAUCAAGGUACCCAUAUAUUACAGUCAUUAGAUGGUUUUGCAUUAGCUGUUGCAGCAGAUGGUAGAUUUUUAUAUAUAUCAGAAACGGUAUCAAUUUAUUUAGGUUUAUCACAAGUUGAAAUGACCGGUAGCAGUAUAUUUGAUUAUGUACAUCAGCAGGAUCAUAAUGAAAUAGCUGAACAAUUAGGUUUAAGUUUAGCAAAUAAUCAAUCUGGUAGUAGUAAUGGUAGCAAUAAUAAUGGAAUUGGUUUAGCAUCACCGUCAUCAGGUGCAUCAGAUGAAGGUGGUACAAAUCAAGGAACAAACAAUCCAGAUGUGUCAGCUUCAAUGGUGUUGAAUGCUUCAAGUGCUUAUAAAGGUUUUGAUAGAGCUUUUUGUAUUCGAAUGAAAUCAACAUUAACAAAACGUGGUUGCCAUUUUAAAUCAUCUGGUUAUAGGGUUGUACUAAUGUUAUGUCGUUUACGACCGCAAUAUACAUUUUCACAUACAAGAAAAUCACAGCCCCCAUUAUUAGGCAUGGUGGCAUUAGCAAUUGCAUUACCACCACCAUCUGUACAUGAAAUACGUUUAGAAUGUGACAUGUUUGUGACUAGAAUAAAUUUUGAUUUUCGAAUAGCGCAUUGUGAACCAAAAGUAUCCGAUUUACUUGAUUAUACGCCUGAAGAACUAACCGGUAAAAAUUUAUACAAUUUAUGUCAUGGGGAAGAUGCGGAAAAAUUACGGAAAUGUCAUUUAGAUUUAAUAAAUAAAGGACAAGUUCUGACACAUUACUAUAGAAUAAUGAAUAAAAACGGUGGUUAUACGUGGCUACAAACAUGUGCUACUGUGGUAUGCAGUUCAAAAAAUGCUGAUGAACAGAACAUAAUUUGUGUUAAUUAUGUCGUCAGUCUCCGUGAAAAUGAGAAUCUUGUAUUAGAUUGCAUUCAGCUAGAGGGUGGCCUUGAUAAUCUCAUAAAACACGAAGAAAUUAUCAAUGAUAAUAAUGAUGGCUCCCCAAGUUGUGGUGGUAGUGGUGAUCUAUCUGUUGAUCAUCAUUCUACAGUAACGUCGGCGGUUGGAAAUUCAAAUGCAACAUCAGCAACUACUUUAGAACCUCAAAUAUCACCAAAAAUUGAUCCAGAUUUACAUCAACAACAGCAUCGAAAUCGUAGAAAUAAUUCAUUGUCAUCCAUUAAAGACAGUUUAGUAGUUCCUACCGUAACUGAAGAACAACAAAAUCUUAAUAUAUCUGCAGUUAAUAAUACACCAACAGUAACAACAGUGACACCCAUCGUAACAAAAAGAGGUCAUAAACGAAAAAUGAAAGUUACAGAUGAAAUGGUUGCAAUAAGUAUAGAUCCACCAAAAUCCUCUCCUGCUAUGUCAAUGCAUUCAAAUGGAGGUGUUCCUGGUGACCAAACAAAUGAUACGAAUCGUUCACGCCAUUCAUCAUCUGUUAUUGAAGAACAUACAGAAUCCUCUGUUAAAGAUUUAGAAAAUGCAAUGUCUAAACAUCUUCCUUCACCCACGAAUGGGGGGAAUAAUCCAACAACAGAUUUCAGCACCGAUGCCUUAUUAAAACAACAACAGCAGCAACAGCAACAACAAGACAAACUUGGUGGUAGUACAAUACAAUGGAUUGGUACACAUCAUACACACACUGCUGCUAAUCCAUAUCAACAACCUACGCCGAUGCCAGCUUCAGCUUUACUUAGACAAUUAUAUGCGAAUCGGGAAAGUGUAAUAAGAGCAACAGCUAGGCAAACUCCAACUGGGGCAGUUUAUUAUAGUAAUGAUAAUGGUCAAAAUGGACCAUUACCAACACCACCCGGUAGUGAAUCCUCUUUUGAUAACCAAUUUUUACAAUUACAUUCUCAUCAUAGCCAAAAGACAUCAGCCGAUGCAUUUACAAAUUUAGUUUCAACAUACGGUGGUUAUCCACAUCAUAGUUCAAUUGAUUAUCAUAAUGCUAUGACACCACCUAGCUCAGUAUCACCGAGAGAUUCAACAAAUUUAAAUUCAUUAAAAAAUUCAACUCAACAUUCAACGUCAACUGCAAAUGGUUAUGAAUACACAACAAUUGAUUCACUUCGUGGUCAAUAUAGUACAUUAGGUGGUAGUACAGGAAAUGGAAAUGGUAAUGGUAAUAAUACUGGUACUGGAAACGGAAAUGGUAAUUCAAAUGGUGAUGCGAAUCAAUCACCUACAACGCCAUCAUUAAUCAAACCACAACCAUAUUCUGCUGUUGCAAUGCAUCAUGCCGCAUCAACAGCUGCUGUUGCUGCCGCAGCAACAAUAGAUCCAACAACAGCUGCAGCAGCUGCUGCUUAUGGUACUUUAGAACAAUCACAAUAUUUUUCACCUCAUUCAAGUUUUCAUUUAUAUCAUAAAGGAACUCCAUCAGCUGGUUGGUAUACGACACCAUCAUAGAAUUAUUAAAAUCAUUUAGAAUUUAUUUAGAGCAGAAUAUUGUUAUAUAAUAUUUAAUACAAAGAAAAAAACAUUAAAGAAACCGGUUUGCAUUUAAA